AUGCUCGCCCGCACCCUCCGCGCCGCGGGCGCAAGCACAUCCCGACUCGGCGCCCUACAACAGCUCCGAACAGCAUGCUCCUCCUCCUCCUCGUCAUCCGGCCCCGAGACCCUCCCCUCAAGCCCAAUCCGCGUCCUCCGAACCGUCGACACCCUCCGGACCUGGCGCCGCCCCCACGUCCUAAACUACCGCUCCGUGGGCCUCGUCCCGACAAUGGGCGCCCUCCACGAAGGCCACCUCUCCCUCAUCCGCGCCGCCGCCCGCGAAAACCACCACGUCGUCGUCUCCAUCUACGUCAACCCAGCCCAGUUCGGCGUCACAGAAGACCUGGCCUCCUACCCGGUCACCUGGGCCCGCGACGCCGAGAUCCUCCGCAACCUCGACCGCGAGCUCGCCGGCGACGGCGAUAACCUCGGCCGGGUGAGCGCCGUCUUCGCGCCUACGACGACGGAAAUGUACCCCUCGGGCUUCCCGGGCCAGGAAAUCGUCAGCAAGGGAAGCUUCGUCACAAUCACCCCCGUCGGCGACGUCCUCGAGGGCGCGAGCAGGCCAACCUUUUUCCGGGGCGUCGCGACGGUCUGCAUGAAGCUGUUCAACAUUGUCCAGCCGGAGCGCGUCUAUUUUGGCCAAAAGGACGUGCAGCAGACGGUCGUCAUCCGCCGCAUGGUGGAGGACUUUAUGCUCCCCACGGAGGUCGUCAUCGGCGAGACGACGCGCGCCGACGACGGCCUCGCGCUGAGCUCGCGCAACGUCUACCUCGGCCAGCGCAGACGUCAAGCAGCGACGGUGCUGCACCGCGCGCUCCGGGCGGCGGAAGAAAAGUACCAACAGGGCGGCGGCGCCCUGGACCGGGAGACGAUCCUCGGUGCCGCGAACCAGGUUACCGCUGACGUCUUGUCGGAGCAGUCGAAGCUGUCGCCCAAGGAUCGGGUCCUGUUUGAGGUGGACUACAUCUCGCUGGCGGACCCGGAUACCAUGCAGGAAAUCAACACCGUGGUACCGACAAAGGGCGGCAUUCUCAGUGGUGCAGUGAAGAUGCUGCCGGUGGAGGAGCCGCAACCGGGCGAGGAUCUUGGCCAUAAUGGCGGUCCCGCAGUGCGCCUUAUUGACAAUAUCAUUCUCAAGCCUAAUACCCAGUGA